ACGACGUUGUAUGUCAAAGUAAAGAUGGCGUUGAUCCAUGUUGUGUCAGGUGUUUAAAAAUUUCUUUAAAUUCUAUUAAAGUUUGACAUUGCACAUAAGUGUGACACUUUGAUCAGUUACUUAUUCCAUUCUCGGCUUUGUUAAAGAUCGUCAAUUGAAAAAAACGUGAAGGCGUCUGUCAAGAGUCACGUGUAAUACUGCCCGCUAGUGGCAUCUCGCACUUAACCUUAUCAUUACUUCAGUAUUAUACGAUCUCGUAAAAAUUUCGAGAAAACGACAUUAAUGCUGUGUCUUUUAUCAGAGAGAGGAUCAAUAAUUUUCAUCGAUCAAUUUCGAGAGGAUAUCAACAUUGGUCACAUUACACUGUACAAUAUAAAAAAAAGAUAUAAACUGAAUUUGUGAAGUUGGAGUUUGAAUUAAAUAUUUUUAAUUAAAUAUUUCUAAGUUUUAUUUACUACGUUUUUUCUUGAGUCGCUAAAUAUAUUUAGUUGAAUGUUGGUGAAAUAUAAACCUGGCUGAAAUGCCUAAAAUAAGAACCAGACAAGCAAAUAGCCUCUGGUUAAGGCAACGCGAAUUGGGUAUAAAGUUCCCAUUGGGACAUGCCGACUGUUUUCAUAAAACCCUUUAUUCGUCUAUGAAACCAGUAACUUCUUGGGAUCAUGCAUUAUCUGCAGCUGCUGCACACGGUGGAGUUUUUAACCUUGAAUAUUCUCCAGAUGGCUCUCUACUAUUGGCAGCAUGCGAAAAAAAAAGUAUUUUAAUGUUUGAUCCCUUGAGAAGGAAUUUGAUCCACACGAUUGAUAAUGCUCAUCAUGAUUGUGUUAAUUGUGUUAGAUUCUUGGAUCAACGUAUGUUUGCAACAUGUUCAGAUGAUAGUACAGUAGCUCUUUGGGAUGCUAGAAACUUAAAGCAAAGAAUAAGGACACUUCAAGGUCAUUCAAAUUGGGUGAAAAAUAUAGAGUAUAGUCCCAAAGAUAGCUUAUUACUGACCAGUGGUUUUGAUGGUAGCAUAUACACUUGGGACAUAAAUAGUUUUACAGAGAAUAGUAUUCUUUAUACACGUGUGUUCCAUACAAAUGGAUUGAUGCGCACUAGACUUAGUCCAGAUGCCAGUAAAAUGUUAAUAAGUACUACUUCUGGAUACCUCAUCAUUAUACAUAAUCUUAAGUUAAGCUCCUUAAGUCAAGACUUGGCAGGAUUUAGACCAAAUAUGUAUCGGUUAAUGCAAUCAUCUCAAACUACAAUACCAAACGUGGCAAGUUUCACCCAUCUAUUUUCCCAUUCUCGUACUCAUAAUCGAGUAGAGUUUUUAACCGAUUUCCCUGUUGGCGAUGAUGCCGAAAUUAUAUCGAGUUUGCAAGUGCAUCCACAGGGAUGGUGCGCUUUGUCUAGGAACGUUAGUAAUGGGGAAAAAUCUGAGUGGACCUGUAUUCACGAUAUACAAGAACGUGAUGUAUCCAGUAUAGCGGAGCAGGCGAAAGAAGGAGAGGAAACAACUCCUCAAUUUAACGAAGUACCUGUAGAGGAGUUCGAGGAUUUUCAACAACCUCAGCCUUCUCGUUCGGGUAUAACCUCUUCCUUUUUAAUAGAAAGUCCAAAUAAUCGCGUUAGAGUAAUUCAUACAACCUCAGAUUCAACAAGAUCGAACGCUGCCGGAUUAUCGGAUAAUACGCAGUCGGUUAGAACCUCGAGAAACUGGCAAGUGGCGUCGCGUAGGGCGUCACGAUCGCAAUCGAGAAAUUCGCGUUUAGAUAGAAAUGCGACAAGAACGAAUUUCGGCGCGAUCGAAGUUAGUUCUACUAGUUCAAGCUCGUCCGAUUCUCGAGUGAGCGUGGAUCGAGACGAUAGGCAGGCAGAUAGAUACAUAUAUGCAGCUGAUCUUUACGCGGCUGAUGAGAGCAUAUUAGAGGAGGGAUCCGGUGAUCAAGAAAGGGAUUCAGGACAGGAUUACAGGCCACCGAGACCAAAUUCUCAUCUUAAUUACUUAAGACCACGCAAUAUGAUUGACAAUUUUUCUACUGGUAAUAUAGAAUUACACGUAAGUACAACCGAUGUGUGGGAAGCACACGUAGCGAUUAGGGAAGCUAGGCUUAGAAGGGAGAGGGAUUGGCUUUCUAGAUCGAGUAACAAUACCGUAGUUAUAAUUGGCGAUAGAAUCAGAGUUCAAAAUCGGAAUAGACAAGGCCAACAAACGAUGUAUGCCAUUCCGAGAAAUCGUAUGAUUCAUCAAAAUACACCUAGAUUAACGCAUUACAUAGAAGAACCUAACGUAGGUUCCGGUUAUAUCAAAGAAUUAUGUUUCUCUGCCGAUGGCCGAUUAAUAUGCUCACCGUUCGGUUAUGGCAUACGAUUAUUAGCAUUUUCUAAAGAUUGUUCAGAAUUAUCUAAUUGCGUUCCCCCCUACAACGAGUCUGUACAGUUGCACGAAUUGGUGACAAAUGUUAGUCACUCUGGCAUCGUAGUCAGUACAAAAUUUUCUCCAAGGCAUUGUUUGCUCGUGUCUGGUUGUCUCAGUGGAAAAAUUGUUUGGCAUCAACCUGUGGUUUAGUAAAUUAAUUCUAAUUAAUUUCCAACCUGUAAAGUAAAAGAUUUGCUUGCAAGAGAACUUCUUGAUAUGUUACUUGCCGAUUUUUCUCCUUUUGUUUUCA